AUGUCUUCCAUCCCAAAUAGGUUCAAUAUUUAUGGUGGUGAUACCACAAACCAUCGUGAAUCGCUUCCCAUCGAAAUGAAUCACAACUCUCGAAUGGUUCGAUCCAUGUUCAUUACAUCUGAUCGCAUGAAUCAUAGAGAUUUGUUUUCUUCUCCUCCUUCUUUCUCUUCUUAUCAAAAUUCACAUAUCUCUUCAUCUUCUGUUGGGUUUAAUAAUUCACAUAUGACUUAUCAUAUGCUGAAAAGAAAUUAUGAUUCUGUUUCCCGUGCUGAUUAUUUCUCUACUAAAGAUCAUUCUCAUUUUACUCAAGUAUCUUUCACUCAAACCAUCACAAAUAAGUAUACUACUAUUGUUCCUUCCAAUAUAUUUGACACUGUUCACUAUGAUAUUGGUCGUGUCAAACGUGCCAUAGAUUUUAGAAAUAUUUGGAAUCCUAAAUCUCAUCUUCCAAAAAAAUUUAAUAGGCAAUGCGAGAUUUUGAAUCCUACCCCUCUUAAUAUCGUCUUUCCGCACCAGGAUUCAGCUGAUCGUCAACAUUUAGACAUUAUUUUCUCGUCAUCAAAGCACAACCAUGUUUUCCAAGAUGGUCGAUCCUUGAAGAAAAUUUCCGAACCAACCAAUCUGUUUGAAAAAUCUAAUUCUUAUGAUUCUCAAGAAGAUGAGAAAAUCGAUGCUUAUCAAUAUGAUGGUCGUACACAUAGUCUACCGUAUACGAAAUACGGUCCAUAUACAUGUCCCAGGUGUAACGGUGUGUUUGAUACUUCUCAAAAAUUUGCUGCACAUAUGUUAUCUCACUACAAUAAUGAGACGGACAAAGAAAGAGACCAAAGAUUUCGUGCAAGAAAUAAAAAACGAUAUCGUAAGUUUAUGGACAGUCUUAAAAUAUCAAAACAGAAGAUAUGA